UAAGGCUUUUGGGGGAGGGCAGACAGAAAGACAGCUCUGUAUAAUAGUUUAUGCAACAAAUCACUUCUUGUGUGUGUGUGUGUGUGUGUGUGUUUUAAUUUCUUUAAAAUACUGAAUAGGGACACGCAUUACUCCCUUCUUUUCUAACUUUUCUUGCAUCACAGUCACCUGGAGGGAGAAUAAAAAAUACACAUUUCUGCCCUUGCUGCUCCUUGAAAAGGACUCGGUGAAUCUUGGGCGGGGCUGAGCACCUAGAUUUUUAAUCAGUGAUGCCAUUGACUUAAGGAAGGGGAACCGCAGUCGUGCGGCCGGACUUCUCGCAUCAGACCCACUGGGGUGGGGCCUGGGGCACCUGCGGUUCGGUGAGUCCCCCAGGAGACUGUGAUGCAGCGUCAGCAGCGGAAAGCACACGGAAGCUCAGGGCGUCGGCGCCCAGGCCACCGCGGGGAGAGGCGCUGAAAAACUAUAGUGACACUGAAACUGAAGGAGAGAUUUUUAAUUCCUUGGUGCAAUAUUUGGGUGAUAAUUUGGGGCGAAAAGUUACAGCUAUGCCAUUGGUUGAAGAAACUUCUUUACUUGGAGAUUCAUCAGUGACUUUGCCUGUGGUAGUAAUAGGAAAUGGACCCUCAGGAAUCUGCCUUUCUUAUAUGCUUUCGGGUUACAGACCAUAUUUAUCAUCAGAAGCAAUACAUCCAAAUGCAAUCUUACACGGUAAAUUAGAAGAAGCAAGACAGCUUUCCAUUGUUGAUCAGGACUUGGAAUAUUUGUCUGAGGGCCUUGAGGGUCGAUCCUCCAAUCCCGUUGCUGUGCUUUUUGACACACUUCUUCAUCCAGAUGCUGACUUUGGGUAUGAUUAUCCAUCCGUUUUGCAUUGGAAAUUAGAACAACAUCAUUAUAUCCCUCACUUAGUCCUCGGUAAAGGCCCACCUGGUGGAGCGUGGCAUAAUAUGGAAGGCUCCAUGUUGACAAUCAGCUUUGGAAACUGGAUGGAGCUCCCUGGUCUUAAAUUUAAAGAUUGGGUGUCUAGCAAACGAAGGAACAUAAAAGGGGAUCGAGUUAUGCCAGAGGAAAUAGCUCGCUACUAUAAACACUACGUAAAAGUCAUGGGUCUUCAGAAGAAUUUCAGAGAGAAUACUUACAUUACAUCUGUAUCAAGACUCUACAGAGAUCAAAUUGAUAAUGAUGGUCAAGACAGAGAUAUUUCAACGCAGCCUUUACAGAUAGAGAAGUCGAAAUUUAUCAAGAGAAACUGGGAAAUCAGGGGUUAUCAGCGAACAGCCGAUGGUUCCCCUGUUCCCUUCUGUCUCUUUGCUGAAAAUGUAGCGCUGGCAACUGGAUCGUUGGAUUCUCCUGGCCGUCUGGAAAUUGAAGGGGAAGAUUUUCCUUUUGUGUUUCAUUCAAUGCCUGAAUUUGGAGCUGCUAUAAGCAAAGGAAAGUUGCGUGGGAAAGUGGACCCAGUGCUGAUUGUGGGUUCUGGGCUGACUGCAGCUGAUGCCGUGCUCUGUGCUUACAAUAAUAAUGUCCCUGUGAUUCAUGUAUUUCGUAAAAGAGUAACUGACCCAAGCUUAAUUUUCAAACAGCUUCCCAAAAAGCUUUAUCCAGAGUACCAUAAAGUCUAUCAUAUGAUGUGUACUCAGUCGUAUUCCUUACACUCACGUCUGUUACCUGAUUAUACCAGUUUUCCUGAGCACCAUGUGCUUUCCUUUAAGUCGGACCUGAAAUGCAUUCUUCAAAGCAUCUCUGGAUUGAAGAAAAUAUUUAAGCUCUCUGCAGCAGUAGUGUUGAUAGGUUCUCAUCCCAAUCUUUCUUUUCUGAAGGAGCAAGGGUGUUACCUGGGCCACAACUCAAGCCAGCCAAUCACAUGUAAGGGUAAUCCUGUGGAAAUAGAUGCAUAUACCUACGAGUGCGUUAAAGAAGCCAACCUUUUUGCAUUGGGUCCUUUGGUUGGAGACAAUUUUGUUCGAUUUUUAAAGGGAGGAGCAUUGGGUGUUACACGCUGUUUAGCUACAAGACAGAAGAAAAAGCAGCAUUUGUUUGUUGAAAGAGGAAGAGGAGAUGGGAUAGCUUAAAGCAAGUUUACAAACGAUUUAUAUGGACACUUUACCAUUAAAAUUUUUUAAUAGUGGUUUUACAGUGCACUGGCUUGAAUUUUCUGAACUUGAAUUAACUGGGAGAGAGCCUCAAGGUAUAGUAACUAUUUUUUAAAGUUACCAGAACUUGGUGUCCUGAUUUACAUUGUAAUGUAUCAGAGGUGUCGCUGUCAGACAAACAGAAACACUGCCAGUUUGGUGUAACCUCAAUGUCUCACUUAACUAAAACGUUCUUUUCUUCUGACUUAUUUUUUGUAAUCAUUUUUUGGUUAUUUAUGCUUGAUUCCAAAAUAUCACAGCAUUGAAUCUAUAAAACCAGUCAUCAGGCCAGAAAUUGUCCUCAUUAUGUGCUGGGCCACCUUGCUGCUCAGAAGAUGGCCCAUUUAUAGCUGUUAGAAAGGUAGACUCUCAGGCCCCACAACAGACGUACUGAAUCAGAAACUGCAUCUUGCUAACAUCCUCAAGGAAUAUGUAUGCUUAUUAAAGUUUGAGACACACUGGUCUGAAGCAAAUGGGAUGUGAAGGUAUGUAUGCUGAGAGUGGGGUGGGAACAGGAGGCGUAUACAACUCAGGUUUUAUUUAUUUUGAAAUUAUCAAUUGUAUAAAUCUAAUUUAUUAGCAAAUAUGAUGGGCUUUGAAGAUUUUUUUAUUGUUGAAGCCUCAACAUAUUCUCAGCUUCUAAUUUAAACAGUCCAAUGAUGUUGGCAUAUCCUUAGACAUCCAGGAACCUACCACAAUACUUCUUGGAGAUGCAUUCUCUAUUUAACUAGCAUAACACUUCAACUAAUUUGCAGUUCAAUAAAUUUUGAAUGGAACUACUUAUUUCUGUGUGAACACUGAGUUAAUGUCUGUCACUGAAACUUAAGCUAUUUGGGUAAAAGUACUUACAAUAUUGGAAUACUAUUCGAGUAAUACCAGAAUUAUUAAAGCUUAAAAUUGUGAAAAGGUUUAAACCUGUCUUUUCCAUUCCCAAGAUGAUUACUUUGAAAUUUGUUCAUUUGAGAUGACAUAGCAUUUAAUCCUAUGGUUAUUUAUUGAACUAUAUGCUCUAUUGUGGUUUUUAUUGAGGUAUGCUCAAUGUCUGUAUUUUUCAUACAAAACCCCAGAAAUGUACUGUUAGGAAAAAAAAAAAAAAAGCUGCUUCUGAAGUUCUCCAUGGCAGAUAUUGAAUUUCUUAGUCUUUUUCUCUCGGCAAAAUUUACUUCAUCUGGAAUGUGUUUAGUGAAAGUCUAUAUUUUUUCUUAGUAUUAAAAAAAAUGGACUAAAAACGUCAGUAUUUUUCUGUCCAUGUUUGCAGUGUUAAUGCUUACAGAAUCGUAAUUCACUUUAAAAUAUAAUUAUUUGGAAUAGACUUGUACAACUAGCUGUUUCAGAUGAAUUCUACUCUUGAUAACUCUUGUCAUGUUCUGAUUACCUUGAUUUGAGAAAUGACAUACUGUUUUUAUGAUGAUAACUUUUCAAAUUAAUUUCAUACCUACUGAAAUAGUGUAAUAUCCUGUGACUGCAUCGAGCACUUCCUUGUUUGCCUGUUCUUUUGAGCUCUGAAUGAGUUGGAGUGGAUAUAUUUCUUAAUAUCACUUCUAAAUUGAAAAUGAUAGUUAUAACAAUGGUUUCUACGGAAGGAUAAGAAAUGUAGACAUACUCUUGUUUCUCAGAGGUUUGUUUUUACCCAACCAAUAGCAUUUUUGUGAUGAAAGCUUUGCCAAAAAAAAGAAAAGAAAAAGAAGAAAGGAAAAAAAGACUUCAGAGGAAAUAAAGCUUCACUAGGGCCCUAAAUAAAGCUGGUGAAUAAUUUCAUUUCUAGUAAAACCUCCCAUUUCUCAAUUCUCCCUCAAACCUAAGCUGCCCUGUGUUGCAUGCAACAUUAAAGCCUUUUGUAACACACUCUUGUACUCUUAAGUUCAUCAGCUUAUGUACCAUAAUUCCAAAUCCCUCAUUAUUCAUCAGUAUCAGCUAGCUAUGUAUCUGGGGAGGGAGGAGAGCACUAAAUACUUUGACUAGUCAUGCCAUGAUGUGGUCUCCUUCAUCCCUCAAAAGUCUAGCUCUUGAAAACAAUGAAAAACCAGAAUCUUGGGGGUUUUUGAAAGUAAUACAAAUAAGACUUAAUCACAGCUCUGUGUUUUAGGCAGUCUGAAUAUGUGAACUUUGUUCAAUUCACUUUUUUUUUUAAAGUAAAAAGAAAGCCAGGCAUUUAACUGAGACCUGAAAUAGGCCAAGCCUUGGGAGUACAGUUGCUAUAAAUCCACAUUACCAUAAAACCAGCCCUUAAUAGGGUCCUGCUGAUUUGCUGGUAAAUUAACUGCCUGCCACCACAGAACUUUGCACUUAAGGAAGACAACAAAAUCCAGACUCAGCAACAUCACAGCAUGCACAAUAUGCCACAUGCAAUAAAAAAUUACUAAGUGUGAAGACAAGAAAAGGUGACCUAGGAAAGAAAAGUAUUCAAAAAAGAUACAGUUGACACAUUACAAAUAGGAGGGCACUUUAAAAAUUACUCUAUAAAUACGUUCAAAAUACUAAAGGAAGAGAUUUACAGUGAGUGAAUAGGUGGUGACUCUCAGAAGAAAAAUUAAAAAAAAUACAUUCUGAAAUGAAAAACUCACUAGAUGGGCAUAAGAAUGUACAAGACACUGCAAGAGAAACUGCAGUGAAGUAGAGGACAGGUUAACUGGAACUAUUCAAACUAAAGCACAGGCAAACGAAUUUAAAAGACGGACACAGGGUAAAUAACAAGAGGGCUAACAGGUGCAGCCGGCAUCCUGAAGAGAAACGAGAAAGUAAACGUGGAGAAAUAAAAGUUGAAAAAUUUACAAGUUGGAUUUAAAAAAUAAAAAGCAACCCACAGACCCAAGAAACUCAAACUGCAAACAGCAUAAAUACAAAGGAAACCACACGUAGGCACAUCAUAAUCCAAUUGCUGAAAAAAAGAUGAGAAAUGUUAAAAAGCAGUCAGUUUGGCAGAUACAGUGAAUGAUAAGAAUGGAAAACUUAGAACGAAUGUAAUGAAGACAGUGGAAUGAUGUCUUUAAAGUGCUAAAUAAAAAAAAAAACCUGUUAAGCUAAAAUUCUAUAUCCAGUGAAAAUACCCUAUAAUGAAAGCUGAGGAAAUUUGACCCCAGGAGAUACGCACUGUAAGAAAUGUUAAAGUUCUUCACAUUGUAGGUACUUGAUACCUAGUGAAACAUGUAUCUAUCUGAUGAAGGAAAGAAGGGCAAUUUUAAAAUUGUUUUUCUAAUUCCUUAAAUUACUUAAAAUCCAAUUGGUCUUUUUUUCCCCUAGUUGACUGUUGGAAAGAAAAUUGUUUAACCAGAAAAAUUUAAAGGCAGAAAUUGAAACCAAGUUUUCAGGCAGACAGAAGUAAAAUGUAUGGUAACUAAAGAGAGUGGGCUGAGUGGAAGUACACACUUUUAUAAGAUGUAUACAUUACAUGGGAAGUGGAAUGUUAUUUAAGGUGGACUGCAAUAAAUGCAUAUCCUCAAAACUAAAAAUUUCUGAAGUGUAGCUAUAAAGUCAAUAGAGGCAAUAAAGUGGAAUACCAAAA